UGAGGCAGAGGGAACUAAAUAGUGCAGUCACCAAGGAGUGGGCUCCACUCUUCUACACGGCAGUGGUCCAGUGCCACCCAUCACCGGUCCACAGGAAGCCUUUGCCUGCUACACCGCCACCAUGCCUAAAGUCCAGGUGCCAGUUCAACAGAAGACCGAUGACAACAUGAGGGCCUUCGCUGAGAAGGUCUUCGCAUCGGAGACUAAAGAUGAGCAGGUCCGAGAUGAAAUCUCCCUGUUUGAUGUGGCUGAUGACUGUCCCAUCCUGCACCAGGAGAUGGCCCACCACCUGCAUGCUGAUGAUAACACAGAGAAACGCAAGAGGCUCCAGCGCAGCCGGACGGUGGUCGUCCCCACUGCUGCGCCUCAGGCAGCGGCUGCCCCUGUGAUGUCGGUGAAGGUGGACACCCCUACCUAUCUGGAGGUUCCUGACUUCCAGAGAGUGGCCGUCAUUGGAGACUGUGCUGCUGGGGUGACCAUGGAUGACUUUGAGCUGUCGUGUAAGGGUCUGUACCGUGCCCUAACCAUCAGGGAGAAGUACAUGAAACUUGCCUAUCAGCGCUUCCCAAGAACCGCCUCCCAGUUUCUGCGUCAAAUAGAGGGAGAAACAUUUAAAAUUGACGAUGAGGUGCAGCCAGUUUUCAAUGCUCCUCCAAAGGAUGGAGAGGAUCCCUUUGACACCAAACUCCUGCCAAAGGACCUCGGCUAUGUAGCCCGAAUGAAGGACGGUCUUAUGUAUGUGUAUAACGACGCUGCAGCUGCAGACAAGCACCAGCCCAAAGAUCUGCCUCAUCCAGACUACAACACAUUCAUUGAUGAUAUGAACUUCCUCAUUGCUCUGAUUGCACAGGGCCCAACGAAGACCUACACUCAUAGGCGUCUCAAGUUCCUAAUUUCCAAGUUUAAUGUGCAUGAGAUGCUGAAUGAGAUGGAGGAGAUGAAGGAGCUGAAGUUGAACCCCCACAGGGAUUUCUACAACUGCAGGAAGGUGGACACCCACAUCCACGCUGCUGCCUGCAUGAACCAGAAGCAUCUGCUGCGCUUCAUCAAAAAGUCUUACCGCGUCGAUGCCGAUCGAGUCGUGCACCUUCUUAAAGGGAAGGAGGUCACCAUGAGGGAGCUGUUUGAGAGCCUCAACCUUCAUCCCUAUGACCUUACUGUGGACUCUUUGGAUGUGCACGCUGGGAGACAAACAUUCCAGCGUUUUGACAAGUUCAAUGCUAAAUACAACCCUGUUGGAGCCAGUGAGCUGCGGGAUCUCUACCUGAAGACAGAGAAUCACAUCAGCGGAGAAUAUUUUGCAACCAUUAUUAAGGAGGUAGCCAGUGACCUGGAGGAUGCCAAGUACCAGUAUGCUGAGCCCCGUCUGUCUAUCUACGGCUGCAAUCCAAACGAGUGGGGAAAACUCUCUAGUUGGUUUGUAAAGCACAGAGUCUUCUCUCCCAAUCUCAAAUGGAUGAUUCAAGUUCCCAGAAUCUAUGACAUCUUCAGAGGCAGGAACUUUGUACCACACUUUGGGAAGAUGCUGGAGAACAUUUUCCUGCCCAUCUUUCAGGCCACAAUUGACCCACAGUCCAACCCAGAACUCAGCAUCUUCCUCAAGCAUGUGACAGGAUUUGACAGUGUGGACGAUGAGUCCAAACACAGUGGACACAUGUUUUCUACAAAAAGUCCAAAGCCAGAAGAGUGGGACAUUGUCAAGAAUCCCUCCUACACUUAUUAUAUCUAUUACAUGUACGCCAACAUUGCUGUUCUUAACCAGCUGCGUAGACAAAGAGGAAUGAACACAUUCACAUUCAGACCUCACUGCGGUGAAGCCGGGGCCAUCACCCACUUACUGGCGGCUUUCAUGACUGCUGACAACAUCUCUCAUGGUCUUAACCUCAAGAAGAGUCCCGUUCUUCAGUACCUGUACUUCCUGACCCAGAUCCCGAUCGCAAUGUCCCCUCUUAGCAACAACAGCCUGUUCCUGGAGUACGCUAAGAACCCCCUGCUGGAGUUUCACAAGAAGGGCUUAAUGGUGUCCCUGUCCACUGACGACCCCAUGCAGUUCCACUACACCAAGGAACCCCUAAUGGAGGAGUACGCCAUUGCAGCUCAGGUCUUCAAACUAAGUACUUGCGACAUGUGUGAGAUCGCCAGGAACAGUGUAAUCCAGAGUGGAUUGUCUCAUGAGGAAAAGGUUCACUUCUUGGGCUCAGAUUACCUGAAAGAAGGCCCAGAGGGAAACGACAUCCGUAAG